AUGGACAGCUCCUUUAUUCCACCACCGUUCCCGUUUCCAGAGGCUUGGCCGAGAGUGUUUGCAGAGCAACAGCAGCAUCAAGAGAGAAAAUGGUUGACGUCACCCAUGAUGUAUAGUCAUGUACAAUGGCAGACGCCAGGUAUAUCAGAAUCUUAUCAUUCAUUUGACCAAGCGAUCCCUUCAGUUGUGACUACAUGCAGUGAUGUGCAACAAGACAUAUGUAUCAAUGAUACAGAAGAUGAAGAAGAUGCAUACGAGUAUGGCUACAUUCUCAGCAAUGAGUGGCGGGAACGUUUUCAGUCGUCGGUUCGAUUGGAGCAACAAGUUAAGAGCAAGACAAAGAAGAAGACGAAGAAGAAGAAGCUCCAGAAGAAGAAGAUGAAAGGACAGGCACUAAACGAGGAGACCGUCGGUGCAUUCAAUGCCAAUCGAUCGAGUCACUUGCAAGAGGAAAUCCAAGCGGCCAAUACUCGCGAACUUGCACGAAAGUGGAAACUGCAACAUAACGCUCAAGUAUCAACAACAACAACAACUAUCAAAACCCCGCAGGUUGAAGCGUUGGAAACGUCAUUAAAUAUGCGUUUUAACGACUUUUGCGACGCUUUUCAGCCCGUGAUGAAGAACGAUUCUGUGAAUGGCUCGGCGCAGUCCAUUCCUUCCAUUAAACGAACACUAAGUGGAGGUACAACUAGUAGUGAUAGUCACGGUCAUGCGGGUGGUCUGGCCAUUCAUUUGGGUGUCGGUAUGAAUAAUAUGAACUCAAUCCCGUCGGUAUUACACGCGACGUCCAAUACGAAUCCACCGCAGAUGCUGCGUGCCGUAACGUCUUCGGGCGUCUACAACCGUCCGUCGGCUAAUACGUCGCUUCGUGGUGGCAGUAGCAGCCUUUCUACGGGCGCGAACGUCGUUGCUACGACUGCCACCCGUAACGUCUCCCAGUCGCCUAUGAUGCAAGACUGGAGAAUGUAUCUGACUAUUGAGGAGCGUCAGGCCGUUCGCUCCAAGAUUCGUGAUGCCUACACCAGUCGCUGCUCCACAUAUGAAGAUUUGCUGCAAGUGGCUUGUGCUAUUGAAGAGGAGCUGCUGCACAUCUCGGCACCAUCACGUCUGGACUAUUUCAAGAGCGGCUUUGAGUUUGAGAACCGUGUGAAACUCAAGAAGGACCAGUUGCAGGGUCAAUUGGCGGCUUUGGACGCCAAGCGGCGGUCAUCGAGUGGUCAGCAACAGCAACAGGGAAACACUGGCAGUGGCAGCAAAACAGUAGGAUCGUCAAAGAAGCAGAGGAACUAG